AAACUUAUUAACAUACCUAGGUAAUCUUGUCGGCAACGAAGUCGGGGAAUUCGCCGAGGAGACCCAUACCCCUAAACCUAUUGCUCAUCAUCCACGUAACCACCCGGGGCCCGCCUCACCACUUGCAGCUUGCUUCGAUGGAUCCCACAAGGGCCACGCGGCCCCUAUCUCCCAUGAUGAGUCCGAUCCGCCGCCGUCGAAGGCCGGCUCUCUCCUGUCAGGAAUGCCGCCGCCGCAAAAUCAGAUGCGACCACAACAACCCCUGCGCACAUUGCACUCGCCAAAAAACAAAGUGUGUCUACAAACCUUUUACCUACUAUGAGCCAAGCGACCACACCGGCGACAGCCCCGUAAGCUCCAUAAGUCCUCGGCCGACAAGCACGACUGCAACAGCAAGCCCGCCGCCGACGACCCGCAUUUCUCUUCCGACGCCACUCUCAAGGGUACUGAGUCGACAGACGGUCGAGACUACUCCAGCGACCCAAGAUGCUUCGUUUCUCGUCCCAGUCACCACCUCCCAAGACGUGGAACUGCCAUCGCCAAAUCAAGAUGGCCAGCACCGGAAUCAAAGGGAGCGGGAUCCCAGCUUCUGUGGCCUUAUAAAUCGGAUAGCGAAGCUCGAAGAGUCCGUGGCAGCCCGGAAAUGGACCGGCGAUAUCCCUGCCUCCAAUGUGCUGUCCGAGCCUAGUAAGGACCGACGCCCCCUCCAUGUCGAGGGCCAACAACUGCCCGGAACACAGGACUGGCAGCCCCUCCAGAACAAGCCGCGGGACUGGGGCCGCACCCGCUGGGUGGGUGACACCACCGAGUUCGCCGUCGUCAUGGCCUGCUACGCCGAGAUCGUGGGCAAGAAUAGCAAGAACCCUGCGUUCCAGACCCCCGACGCCGCGGCGCUGAUCGCCCAGGCUGCCGAAGCCCUUCAGGGGUGUAAGAACAGAGCGAAGAGCAUCAAGGUUGCCCGGCCGACUAGGGGUCUGCCAUCUCCUUACGCCUGUCUCGCGCCGCCUUCGCUCGAGGGUAGCGACGAAGAUGGCCGAGCUCUAUUUUACCUCCUUCGAGUCCACAGGCUAACACCGAACUAUACUAGACACCGAAUCCUCCACGCUCCCACCUUUUGGGCGGAGUACCAUAAAUACUGGGACCAUCCGGGAAGCGUCUCCGAGGACGCCCGCCAUAGGAUCCUUCUUGUCAUCGGGAUAGGGUCGAGCGUCUAUGACCACGGGGACAUAGCCGCCAUCCAUCGCAACACGGAGUCAGUGCACCAGUGGAUCUACGCUGCCGAGACCUGGCUAUCCGGGCCGUUGGAAAAAGACCGGCUUGACGUCAAGGCGCUACAAAUCCACUGCCUAACCGUGCUAGCCCGUCAGAUCUUCUCCAUCGGCGGGGACACGGUGUGGGUGUCGAUGGGAUCGCUCCUCCACGGGGCUAUGCAGAUAGGCCUCCACCGCGACCCCAAAAACCUCCCAGACAUGUCGUUGCUGCAGGCCGAGCUUCGCCGGCGCUUGUGGGCAACCAUCCUGGACUUGAUUGUCCAGUCUUCCCUGGAUGCUUGGAUGCCACCGCGCCUCUCGCUCGAAGAAUUCGACACGGAACUCCCGGCCAACGUCAACGACGACGAGAUUAGCGAGACAACUACCACGCUCCAGCCACACCCUAAAGAAACAUUCACCUCGACCUCGCUUCAGCUCGCCCUCUCCGCCUCGCUCCCAACCCGCCUCGGCAUCGUGCAGUUCCUUAACAACCUGAACUCGGACCGGUCCUACCACCGCGCUCUUGCUCUUACAGCGGAGCUGACCGCAUCCAUCAGCGCCAACAGCACCCUCUUUGCACCAAACAACAGGGCCGAACCCAGCAGCAGCGGCGGCAGCAGUGGCGACAGCAGUGGCGACAGCAGUAGCAACGCUUUCCACCGCAGCCUGCUCGACUAUCUCACGCGGCGCUUCCUCAUCCCGCUACACAUACCGUUCAGCCACCAGGCGCGCACGAACCCGCUCUUCCACUACUCGCUCAAGGUCAGCCUCGACGCCGCGCUGGCGCUGGUCUCACACGUGCCGGAGGAGGGCAACGACCGGUUCGGCAAGCUGAUCUCGAUCGCGGGAGGCAUGCUCCGGGACGGGCUGCGGUACGCGACGUCGGCGAUUAGUCUAGAGUUGCUUUCGCACGUCGAAACCCAACUCCGCGACGGCUCCCUCCCCCUCACCUCGCACACCCGCACCACCCUCACCCACGUCCUCGAACGCAUCAUCACGCUUGCCGAAGCACGCAUCCGCCGCGGCGAGACCAACGUCAAGAUCCACAUGUUCCUGCGCAUGGUGCUGGCGCAGGUGCGCGCGGUGGAAUCCCGGGUUGAUGAAAACGAUGUGGCGGUUGCGGUUGCGGUGGCUAGGGCGGCGAGGGAUAGUCUGCGGUUUUCGGAGGGGUGGUCGGUGUUGGAUGGGUCGCCUGGGGAUGAGGGGGGUUUUGAUGGGUUGGGGAUGGAGGCGAUGCAGGGGUUUGACUUUGACGGGUUUGGGGAGGAGUUUGCCUGGGAGAGCUUCUUUCCGGACGGGCGGUUUAGUUGA